UCACAUUCUCCACUACAAAAUAUUUUUGUGCACUCUAAUACUUCUUCUGAAGAUCAACAUGGCAUUUGGAUUGUCUGGUUUUGUUCAUGGUAAGAAGGCUCUCCGAAGAUCACUUUCAGGCAAUAGGGAAGCAACUUUGAAGUCUUCAACCAUUCCAAAAGGAUACUUUGCUGUCUAUGUUGGAGAAGAUCAGAAGAAGCGCUAUGUAGUACCUCUUUCGUACCUAAAUGAGCCUGCUUUUCAAGACUUGCUUAGCAUGGCAGAAGAAGAAUUCGGAUAUGAGCAUCCGAUGGGUGGACUCACAAUUCCAUGCAGAGAAGACAUCUUCAUUGAUAUCACCUCACAGUUGAAUUGACUGUAAUUUGUAGCACUGACAUAGAUUCACAGAUUCUCAAUUUUGUAGAUCAUAUACUUUUACC